AUGCUAAUUUGGAAAUUAGAAGUCCUAUGCCAGCAGCUAUUCGCGCAUGGAAACAGUUCAAAGCUGCACAAUUUCGACAUGUUCCUAACUUUUCUCAUACUCGUCAUACUGGUAAUACCAGUGUAACUGAUGACCUUUUCCGUAAGGUCAGGGUACUUUGUUGGAUCAUGACUGGGCCAAAGAAUAUAGAGACCAAAGCUAAACAUGUAAAGUACUCGUGGACACGUCAUUGUAAUGUGGUUCUAUUUAUGAGCUCUGUUAAGAAUGAGACAUUUCCAACAGUUGGUUUGGGCACCAAAGAAGGCCGGGACCAGCUUUACUGGAAGACAAUCCGUGCCUUCCAGUAUGUACACAAGCACCAUUUCGACCAGGCUGAAUGGUUCUUAAAAGCAGAUGACGACACAUACGUAGUAAUGGACAAUUUACGCUGGAUGUUGUCAAAAUAUACUAGUGACCAACCAAUCUACUUUGGGAAGCGUUUCAAACCCUUUGCCCGACAAGGUUACAUGAGUGGAGGAGCUGGUUAUGUACUCAGCAAAGAAGGCCUCAAAAGAUUUGUGGAUGGAUUUCACACUGAGGACUGUAAGCACACAACCCAUGUGGAGGAUGUGGCUAUAGGUCAGUGCAUGGAGAAAAUGGGAGUUAUAGCUGGGGACUCCCGGGAUAGUAUAAAUCGAGAGACCUUCCAUCCACUUUCACCUGAAACUCAUCUCACUUAUCGAUAUAGUAAGACUUACUGGUAUUGGAGCUACAGCUUAUAUCCUGUUGUUGAGGGUCCGCAAUGCUGCUCUGACCUGGCCAUAUCCUUUCACUAUGUCGAGCCUGUUGUCAUGCAUAUGCUAGAAUAUUUCACCUACCAUCUCCGACCUUAUGGAUAUAAAUAUCGCUACCAACCACCUUUAUCCGUUCAUGAACAAAAAAAGAGUACAUUUACUCAGAAGAAACAUGUGAAACCUAAUGGAACCUCAUUGGUUAUUAAAAAGUAG